UUUCGAUUAAAGUGAAUUUUAUCGGUACGUCGUAGCAUUGGAUUAGAGUGAUUAACAUCGGAACAACACGCGUUGUAGUCUGUAAAUACCUUAAUAAGAUUUGAAAUCAUCUGUUCGCUAAACAAACAAAGUGACGUUAUUCAUUGUUAAAUUGCUUAUUGUAUUUUUUUACCCAAAAAUCAAUUUGUUUUUUUUUGUUUGCAAUGCAAAAAUGAAUCGCUUCGAAUAUGUGGAAGCCCGUUUACAUGACGAAGAAACCUUUGUGAGUCGCGAUAGAAGUGUUAAAAUUUAUGAUGGAGAUGAAAAAACAGAAUAUGAAGAUGGUGAAGUUGUGCUCACCACUCAUCGUUUAUUUUGGGGCCGCCCUGGUGAAAUUGCGCGAGCUGCAAUAACACUAUGCCUUUCCCUACGACAUGUGAUAUCGCUAAGUGAAGAAACGGCUAGCUCAUACUUUUUUGGUCGUAAGACUCGUUAUAUAUUAUAUUUACGUGAGCCAACGCCGGAUAAGGCUCCCGGUCCAAUCGAUCAUAGUCCACACGGUCAUAUCAAACUAUCAGGAAAAAAUGGUUUGUCACAAGAAUUUGGCAGUGCAUUGCGCCAAACUAUCGAAGCUCGUAUUUGGGAAGUAAUCAUUAUACCGAGACCCUUAUCGCAGGCGGACAAUGCACAGUCUCCUAACAGCAGUGCGAAUCAAGCACAAUUACGGCUGAAAAUGCGUACUGGUAUUGGUGGAAUCGAACGAUCGAUUGAGGCAAAGGCUAAAGAGACAGACGAAAAUAUAGCCUUAGCUUUUCAAGACCUUAAUGUACUCAUGGCCAUGGCAAAAGAUAUGGUUGCAAUAUCGAAGGUGAUAAGUACAAAAAUCCGAGAGCAAAAGGGUGAAAUUUCUGAUGAUGAAACAGUGCGUUUUAAAUCUUAUUUACUUAGUUUGGGCAUAGACGAUCCAGUGACGCGUGACAAUUUCAGUAGCAAUUCUGAGUAUUUUCGCAGUUUGUCCCAGCAAAUUUGUGAAUUAUUGUUGGACCCAAUUGAGGAACAAGGUGGUAUGAUGUCGCUGGCCGAUGUAUAUUGUCGAGUAAAUCGUGCUCGUGGCCUUGAAUUACUCUCACCGGAAGAUUUGUUGCAUGCUUGCCAGCAAUUAAAUGGUCCUAUAAAAUUACGAAAAUUUCCGAGUGGAGCAAUGGUACUGCAAUUGGAGUCUCAGGACGACGAAGUGGUAGCAGAGGACACGCUGGACAAGGUGAAAGCAGUGAAAUCCUUGGCUGUUGAAGAACUAGCUAAGGAUUUAGGCAUUUCAUUGCUAUUAGCAAAGGAACGGCUAUUGGCGGCUGAACGAUUGGGAAAAGUAUGUCGAGACGAAUCUGUUGAAGGCUUACGGUUUUAUCCGAAUUUGUUAUUACAUAGAGAUAUGGAUAGUUAAGAAAAACUAUAGAAUGUGUCCUAUAUAUGCAUACAUACAUAAGUAGAUAUGUAACAUAUGUGGUUUAAGAUGUAUAAAUAUUAUUAAUUUUUUCGUAAAAUAUAAAGCUUUCAUAUUGUUCCAAUUUA